UCAGUUCACGUUGUUUAGCGUGGGACAGAACAUACUGGUCUUGUCGUUGUAAAAUCUUUUCACUUACAUCAUAUUUUUAAAGACGGCUCGACGCACGGCAGACGCUCGGAAUCGUGACAGCCUGUUCCGCGCACGUGUCGCACGUUAAAUUACAGUGCCUGCCCUACAUGCAGCGUCGCUCGCCCUAUCCAUAACGCUAUGAAAAUCUGGACGUCCGAACAUAUCUUCGAUCAUCCAUGGGAAACGGUAGCACAAGCUGCAUGGAGAAAAUACCCGAAUCCUAUGGUACCUUCGGUAAUCGGGGCAGAUGUCAUCGACAGAAAAGUAGUUGACGGUGUUCUUCACACCCACAGACUCGUUGUAUCUACACAAUGGGGAUUUCCUAAAUGGACGCAAGCGUUAAUUGGCUACGCGAACUUGUGUUACGCCAGCGAGCGCAGCGAGGUCGAUCCUGUGAAUAGAGAAAUGAUCCUCAGGACGCAUAAUUUAACUUUCGGCAAUUAUAUCGCUGUAGAUGAAGCUGUCAGAUAUACACCCCAUCCGACUGACCCUAACAAGACACUACUCACGCAAGAAGCGGUAGUCACCGUCCGAGGAGUACCACUAACCAACUACAUGGAGGACCUUUUAGCCUCGAAAAUUUCAUUCAAUGCGAGCAAAGAGUCACCAUCAGCGUAGACAACCGCCGUGCAAACACGCGCAAAGAGGUGGCUGGCUGAAUAUCCUGCUAUCCCGACGAGGCAGGUGUAAGUACCGUGUUAGUCUUACGGGUUAUGUCGCAGCUAGCAGAGCUAACUAAUAGCCUCUUAGCCUCGGCUUAGGUAGGAUCACGCUGCAAGCGACCGCACCUCCUUGGCUCUCAGACUCCGGAGCAAACCCCUUAACCCUAGAUGCGAUCCUUAAGCCUGUGCGAGCCUUGCAAACUGCUGAUUUCCUUCUCUUACCAUGACGAUAGAUUAGCUUGUGUCAUUGACUGAUUUUUAGGUCUUGACUUGAAUAUAGAUCGCGCGUACUAUUUUCAGAGUGGAGAUUUACAGCCACGCUGUAUAUUUCUCCUGACAGUAUGCAUCUGACUGAAUUAUAUCAUUUGUGAAAACAUGUAUUCUUAUAAUGCUCCAUAAAGAAUUUCAUUAAUUUUGUUAGUAAAUAAAUUUUAAUAUAAAAGAAAACGCGUGCAUAUAUGAUUAAAAUAUAUUAGAAUAACAAUAUAAAAUACGCAUCAUGUUUCCUAAGUAGCUAGAAAAUGUAUAAUAGCGAGAAAAGUAAAGUUUGUUCUGUUUCGUUUUUUAUGUGUGACCAAGUCAUAAAGAGUAUAGAACUUGAUGAAAAGUACACGAAAGGCGGAGUUAAGAGUUACAAAAACAUUGCGUAAUAGUCUAUUGCGAAGCGUCUAAAGUAUUCUUAUAAAGUCCUUUUGAAUUUCGCUAUCAAAAAGUUUCAAGUAGAAUAUUAAUAAAGAAUGCGUCCGUGUACUAUCCUUCGAAAAAUAACAUGCGCACCAACACGCGGACGCUGCUCUCGCCUAGUCGCUUUUAUGUGCAGCGCAUGCGACAUUUUAAAAGCAAUAACCUUUACGAGCGUCUAAAGCAAGUUUCUUAAAGCAUUAAUAACGCGGGUGCAUAUGCAUCAAAUUCACUAGUAAUUUCGAUGGCGGAAUCUUCAUAGAAAUUUUCACAUAGAACGACAAAAGAAUUCAUUAGACAGGGAAUGAUGCCCGGCGCGUAAUAAACCGAGCGACAAGCGGAGAAUUUAUUCACCGGCGUAUAUCGGCUAUCGCAAUUCGUAUCGAUGCGAAAAGUUUGGCGAAACAUUACGACAGUUACGUAAACUCCCGGCGGAGGCAAUAUAACGUCAUUAUCUCGUGGUGCACGCUAAAGAACCGGCGCAUCGCGAGAUUUAUGGUGGCAAUGUGCAACACCUAUGCGGACCUUUAUCAACGAAAACGGGACUCUCUUCGGUUGACGACAAAAAGUCGAUAGGACACACGUAAACAAAUCCACGAGAGUUCGAGUUUGCCGGCCCUCGAUGUGCCAUUCAUUAAUUAAAUCUCGUUUAAGUAGUCGAGGCGUCCGAACGACGGUAAAUAAUGGGACAGACGGCGGCAUGUCCCGAUAAACUGGGACGUCUGGGCGACCCUAACACAAACGUAUAUGCCGUUUGUUUCUCUGUGAAAUUAAUUCGAGCUCGGGGGUGCCCGUUCACCGGUGCGUCGGUAAUAUUUCAAAGCAGUGAAAACCUGUCGAUACAAUGGCGACAUCGGAACUUGUCUCCUUUUUAGGCUACUAAAUAAAUUAACUAGCAGGUAACGCCCAAUUGUGAUCAUUUCGAGCGAUUUUUCACAUCUCUAUUUCGGGAGAAGCGUAUAUUGUAAAUGUUUAUACAUAUAUUAUAUGUAUAUAUAUAUAUAUAUACCAAAUAUUAAGAAUUUUUUUGAAAUUUUGUGAUGUUAUCAUUAAGAAAUAAACAAUAAAAUUUGGAUGUAAUAUGUCGAGUAUUAAUUGCUUGAUAUCUAAAUAUCCAUUAUUUUUUUAUUCUAUAUAUAUGUAUAUGAUUACAUUUAAAGAAACUGAAAAAAUUCAAGUUUAAAAUAUGUAAUGUUAUUUCAGAGUUAAUCUUAGUAUUGCGUAUAUUUUAUAUACAUAUAUAUAUCCUA